AUGCUCUCCACUAAAUUAGCAGGUCUUAUUUUCCUUAUUGCACUUUCAACAGCUGCUCCCCAGAAGAAAACUAAUGUGACCAGACCUCCUCCAUCUGAGAAAACUGUCGAAAAAGAACAGAUUGUCCCACAAAACUCAGAGAAGUUAGAAAAAACGGAAAAAUCAGAAAGGACAAGACAGGAAAGACAAUCUGGAUUUGGUGGACAAAGUCAGCAAUCUAGUGGAUUCGGAGGAAGCAGCUCAAAUGGAAUGGGAAGUUCUAAUAGUCAGGGAGGAUUUGGGAACCAAGAAAGUCAGUCUUCCGGCAUGGGAUCAAAUAACCAAAGACAGUCAGGAUUCGGUGGACAGAUGGGAUCUUCUGGAUCUUCUGGAUCUUCUGGAUCCUCUAGUCAAUCAGGUUUUGGCGGACAAAUGGGUUCAUCCGGUCAAUCAGGAAGCAGUUCAAAUGGCAUGGGAAAUUCCAAUAUUCAGAGAAACUUUGGAAAAAAAUAA